AUGUUAAUUCUUGCUGGAAAGAAAUUAAAGGAUUUAAAUGAAUUUACUCAAACAUAAAAUAAUGAAAUUAAACAUUUAGAUGUUUCUGUAAGUUUAUAAUGUUUAAAUAUUAGAGCAAUUUAUUGAAAUCAGGUAAGGAAUUUGUAAGUUUUCCUAAUUUAGAAACAUUAAUCAUUGAUAAUAAUUAUUACUUUAACUUAAAUGAUUUUCCUUAACUUCCAAAACUUGUAACUCUAAGUGCAAAUAAAAAUAAUUUUAAUAAUUUAGAGAUGUAAUUUUUAUAGAUUAUUCUUAGUUUAAUAGAUGAAUGCAAAUUAAAGUUUCCAAAAUUAACACAUCUUAGUUUAAUAAAAAAUCCCAUAUGUCCUAUGUUUAAUGGAGAAGAGGAAUAUCAAACAUAUAGAACAACUCUAAUAAAAUAAAUAAGAAGUUUAAAGAAUGUAGAUGGAGUGGCAGUUGAUCCUAAAGAAGCAGAUCCAAAUUAUUUUAAAUAAUAAAAACUUUAGUUAUAAUAAUAAUAAUAACUAUAAAAUGUAUAUUUUAAUAAAUUAUUAGAAGAAUCAAGAUGAAGCUAAAGGAAAAAUAGAAUUUAAUUAAAAAUAUUAGAAGCCUGGAACAAAAACAAUAAAAUAAAGAAGUGAAGGAAACAGAUUUGUUAAGAAUAAUUAAUUAUGAG